UGUUCUGUGCAGAAACCGCACUAACAGGGAAAGUGUAUAAGGAAAGCUGUUGCAUGUUCUUUGAAGCAUGACGCAGCAGUCAUUAAAAAGUGAAAAAUAGAAGGCUAUUAUGUGUUACUGGAGGGCCUAAUUGUAGAGGUACUGCCUGCUUUGAAAGAGCAACAGGAAGUUCUGGCUGGCGCGUGCUAGAAUAGCUGCCGUGCGGAGAUAUCACUGCGUUAUGAACUAUACCAACCAGAAUCUCGCCCAGAAACUUAGUAGUUGCAAGAGUUCUGUAGUGUAGGCGCGGUAGUAGUUUCUUAUCUGAAGUAUUGUUACUGUAGGACAACUAAAAAGUAAUUGUACAACUUAAUGGCCGAGGAAUCAGAAUGGAUUUACCGCGUGGAGGGAAACAACAAUGUCGUAUUCUCCAAUUCAAAAUCCAAUCAAGUGCUCCGUAUCAGGAAAUUGGCCAGGCGUAAAAGGCACGCUUCAGUGCCAACGCGAAACGAGGAUUUCGGCUCGGCAGAAAUGGAUUACUUAGUGAAUGUUGUCUACAAGCUGCUGGAUGGAUUAAAUGUUCAUUAUAAAGCUGAACAACUCUAUGUGUCGCCGCAACUUUUAGAUAAACUCUCGGCCGUGAUAUCUCACAACAGACCCGCCGAAUUAAACGGUAGAGUUAACCUUGACGAGUCGGCGACACAUGCUUUACUGAUGCCUGAUUUCUGCAGAAGCUGUUUACCUCAAAGUGUAACCCCGCGUGACCACCGAUUACUUAACGAAGAUAACUCACCCAUUAUUAGCGUGGAACUCAGACCUAAAAGCUGUUACAUUCCUACCUCUCUAAACGAACGUAAUGGCUCACGCGGUAUGUGCCUUUCUUGUAGUAGAAAGGUUUCGCUUGAACGCAAGCCUGGUGCUGCUGAACAGUCAAUGUAUUGCCCGUUUGAUUUGUUCUCUCAUGACAGUGCACGAAUACAGCGAGCAUUGCGAGAUAUGAUUGCAUGCCCUCAAAGGCACUUAUCCGUGCGUCGUAAUGAUGACAUCAUAUUUUCCCAGUCUCUUGCCGCAUCUCGUAAUGCGAGGUGCGGCGACUUCUUUGAAGAAAACGUGUCUCCGAUUUUUGGCCGAGGUGGCACUUCAGCGUUUUUGAACUUGGUUGGCCGGAGCCUGAGGCAAAAGAUUGCGCAACGGCCAUUGUUGAAGUCCCGAUCGAGCGUGUCUGUGCACUGCCGUCGGAAAGAUGGAAUUGUUGCCGAGCAGAACUGUUCCGAAUGUAAUGCAGUGCCGAACGGUUCCGAAUGCGAUACAGAGGAAGAAAAUGGUAUGUGCAUUUUAGAUUUUCUCUCGGCAGUGAAAAACAUGUGUGACGUACCUUUAUCGGAGGUUCAGAGAAUGAACGACGAAAUUCAAGCGUACAUAUCAGCCAACGAAAAAGAUGCAGCAUUGCUCUCAUUAAACUUGCCAUACAAUACUGAUGUUUGGCGACGCGCUGCCACCUUGCCUGGCCACAAUAGCGAUUCUACUCUGGAUAACCAGUCAUCGAGUAGCAAAUUGCGACAAUUAGAAUCUUAUGCCGAUUCCCUACGUCGCUAUACCAUAGCUCGUGCCUUUACCUGCUGCUCACUGAUUAUUUCAUUUUCCAAGCUGCGUGAAGUUGAUGAUAGUAACCAACAGAACGGUUCUUUCUGCGUGGAGGAUGGUUACGGAGACAGUUAUCUAUGCUCCAUUGCAAUUCUUGAUCUUUAUAAAGAACCGCCUAACCGAAUCGAUCAUUACUGUUCUCAAACGAAAGAAUUUCUUUCUGUUUUAAAUGACGACCAUAAAUGCGACCCUUGA